GCUGGCAGCCGAGGCGGCGGUGGCGGCAGAGUCAUGGCCGUGGGGCUGUGUGAGCCGGCGAUCUGCCUCCGGGACUGAGACCCGCGCCGCCUCCCGAGCAGCAGCUACCUGCAGACUGACCCCUCAUCGGCCACCCCUGUGGCUGCCACGGCUCCUGCCGCCUCUAAGAUGUGCCCCGGUAACUGGCUCUGGGCCUCGGUGACAUUUAUGGCCCGCUUCUCCCGGAGUGGCUCGAGGUCUCCUGUUCGCACGAGAGGGGCCCUGGAAGAGAUACCAGCUGUCCAGCAUCCCUUGCUCAACGUCUUUGAGUUGGAGAGGCUUCUCUACACGGGCAAGACGGCCUGUAACCACGCCGACGAGGUCUGGCCAGGCCUCUACCUCGGAGACCAGGAAAUAGCCAACGACCACCGGGAGCUCCGUCGCCUGGGCAUCAGCCACGUCCUCAACGCCUCUCACAGCAGGUGGCGAGGGACACCUGAGGCCUACGUGGGGCUGGGCAUCCGCUACCUGGGGGUCGAGGCCCACGACUCGCCAGCCUUCGAUAUGAGUGUCCACUUCCAGGCGGCCGCUGACUUCAUCCACCGGGCACUGAGCCAGCCGGGAGGGAGGAUCCUGGUGCACUGUGCCGUGGGCGUGAGCCGCUCGGCCACUCUGGUGCUGGCCUACCUCAUGCUGUACCACAGCCUCACCCUCGUGGAGGCCAUCAAAAAAGUCAAGGACCACCGAGGCAUCAUCCCCAAUAGGGGCUUCUUGAGGCAGCUCCUGGCCCUGGACCGCAGGCUGCGGAAGCGUCAGGAGGCGUAAGGGCGCAGAGGGAGGGAGGGAGGUCAGGCCAGGCCUGUGGGUCCCCGGAUCCCAGCUGGAGGCCCAGGGGGCAGGUUGGAGGCGGCCCAGCGAACCCAUUCUCUCCUGAGAGGGCUGGGACGUGGCCCCAGGCCACAGCCGCUGUCUAUCGAGGGGGGAUGGGGCAGUGUGUCAGUCACCCAGGAGGGAGGUGGCCAGGGAAGGAGGCAGGUAGGCUGCAGGUAGAAGACAGUCCUGGAUCCCAGCCAGGGUGGUCCCGGGGAUUCACAGCCCCUCUUUGUAUUCAAGUGUCCCCCUUCCCCGCGUAUCAGAACAAAAGGACCAGCUCUGUCCUGUACCUCUGCCAGGAAUCAGGGAUGCAGCAAACACAGACGUGAUGGUGUCGAGUUGUGUGGAGGUGGUAGCUCAGGGACAGACGGUGAAGAGA